AUGUUUCCGGGACAAGGUAGACACACAUACGGUGGACAACAGUCAAACUAUAGUAACCAACAGGGUUAUGAUCAAGGUUAUGACCAAGGUUAUGACCAAGGCUAUAACCAAAGUUAUGGUCAAGGAUAUAAUCAAGGAUAUGAUAGACCUUCUGGUCCACCUCCAGGCCAAGGUCAAUACGGUAGACCAUCAGGUCCUCCACCAGGACAACAUCAACAACAACAACAACAAGGACAAUAUAAUCGACCACCAGGACCUCCACCAAGUCAAGGACAAUACAAUAGACCUUCAGGUCCUCCACCAAAUCAUUACGGAAAUAAUCAACAAAUUCGAGGAUCAAGAAAUGAACAGAAUUAUGGUAAUAUGCAUGGUAGUGGUAAUUAUUCUCGUCCACCAACUGGAUCUCAAUCUUUUGGUGUUGAAAACUACAAUUAUCAAUAUUCCAAUUGUAGUGGUCGGAAAAAGGCAUUAUUAGUAGGGAUUAAUUAUAUUGGUACUAAGAAUGAAUUGAGAGGUCCAAUUAAUGAUGUUAAUAAUGUUGAACAAUUUUUAUUAUCUAAUGGUUAUUCAAAUGAUAAUAUUGUUAAAUUGACAGAUGAUCAAAGAGUUCAACGAGCAAUUCCAACUCGACAAAAUAUUCUUGAAGCUAUUCAAUGGUUAGUUAAAGAUGCACGUCCUAAUGAUGCAUUAUUUUUCCAUUAUUCUGGUCAUGGUGGACAAACAGAAGAUCAACCUGAUGAAUAUGGGAAUUAUGAUGAAGAUGAUGGAUAUGAUGAAGUUAUUUAUCCAUUAGAUUUUGAAACUAAUGGAUUUAUUGUUGAUGAUUUAUUACAUACAAUGAUGGUGAAAACAUUACCUCAAGGUUGUAGAUUAACAGCAUUAUUUGAUUCUUGUCAUUCUGGUUCAGUGUUGGAUUUACCUUAUAUGUAUUCUACUAAAGGUGUUUUGAAAGAACCAAAUGUGAUGAAAGAAGCUGGAGCAGGAUUAUUACAAUCUGCUGUUGCUUAUGCAACAGGUGACAGAAGUCGUAUGCUUCUGGGUCUUGGUGGGGUUGUAAAAACAUUUAUGAAUCAAGGUAAAGCAGAAAAAGCUAAUCAAUAUUCCAAACAAACUAAUACUGCUCCUUGUGAUGCUAUAUCUUUAAGUGGAUGUAAAGAUGAUCAAACUAGUGCUGAUUCUAAAGAAAAUGGUACUGCUACUGGUGCAAUGAGUUAUGCAUUUUUAACUGUUAUGAGUCAAAAUCCAAAUCAAUCAUAUUUAAGUUUGUUACAAAAUAUGAGAGAAAUUUUACAAGCCAAAUACAGUCAAAAACCACAAUUAUCUGCUUCACAUCCAAUAGAUACCAACUUACAAUUUAUCUUUUAA